GCAGCAUUCGAAACAGUAAACCACCAGAUCCUUAUCGCCGCCCUUCAGGAACUUGGUGUCACAGGAUCCGCGCUGUCUCUUCUCUCAUCCUACCUUGACGGUCGCACCUACCGGGUGGCGGCACGGAUCUCUGCAUGUCUGACUGACAUUUCCCAGUGGAUGUCCGCUCAUCACCUGAAGAUCAACCCCGACAAGACUGAACUACUUUUCUUCCCUGGAAAAACCUCGCCCACUCAGGACCUGAUCGUUAACUUCGGCGACUCCGUGUUAACGCCCACUCAGAGUGUCAGGAACCUCAGCGUGACACUUGACUCCCAACUCUCCCUGACUGCCAACAUCGCAGCGACGACACGAUACUGUAGAUACACGCUCUACAACAUCAGGAGAAUACGACCCCUUCUCACUCAGAAGGCGGCACAGGUACUGAUUCAGGCGCUUGUCAUCUCCCGCCUUGACUACUGUAACUCUCUGCUGGCAGGUCUCCCUGCUACCGCCAUACGACCACUGCAGCUCAUCCAGAAUGCAGCAGCUCGACUGGUCUUCAACCUUCCAAAAUACUCCCACACCACACCGCUUCUCCGUUCACUUCAUUGGUUACCAGUGGCUGCCCGCAUCCAGUUCAAAACAUUGAUACUGACGUACCAUGCUGUGAAUGGAUCGGGACCAGUCUACAUCCGGGACAUGGUGAAACCCUACAUCCCAACCCGCACACUUCGAUCUGCAUCUGCCAAGCGGCUUAUUCCUCCCUCACUGAGAGAAAAGCACUCGACGAGAUUGCGACUCUUUGCUGUCCUGGCUCCCAGAUGGUGGAAUGAGCUCUCCGAUGACAUCAGGACUGCAGAGAGCCUCUACAUCUUCCGUCGAAAACUCAAGACACACCUUUUUAGACUC